AUGAUUACAGAACAGACUUGGACCAUGAUGCUGGAACCCGACGUACCAGGCAUCGACGAGUAUGUAAAGUUGGGUAUUUCUCCGAGGAAACAGUUAUGGAUCAAAGCGGUGAAGAAGCUCACGUCCGAACGGCUCGGAAGAGAAGGUCUUGCUGCCUGGGGCGUCGGUCCGCCACCGCUCGAGGAAGAAGAAGAUGAACAACAACAAGAUGAAGCUAAGGCUUGCGACAAGGAAGAAGUCACCCUCGUUGUUGCGCCGCCCGAAGCUGCUGUUCUUCAAGAUGAACCUGAAAAACCAGAAGAACCUCCUUGCCAACAAAAUGUAUUUAAGCGUGGGCGUAUGUACAAAGGAAUAUUUUGCCCGUCGUUAACAAACGCAUUCCAUAGUCCGAGUUUAGAGAAAUCAUAUUUCCAGUACUCAUGCCGGCAACGUCAGAAAUCGCUGAUGAUGCUAAACGUUGUCGAUCUUGGUCUCAAGAUUGCUAUAAUUUCUAUGUGGCUAUGGAGGAGAAAUGAACGCAGCAGCAGCUUAAUUCAGACAUUGUCUUGGGUAUCAUGCUGCAUGCUUGCUAAUAUUGUUGUGUGCGUAGUAGGACUGUGGCGGUGGUUCUCGCCCAAUUAUCUUUACUGGGCAUCUAUAUGCACUUGGCUGCUUAUAAAUAUCCAAGGAUUUAUAGCAGCUGGAUUAAAUUUUUCAUCUCAGCAGCGCAUAAUGUGGUACAUACUGUUCGUUGUUUACGCGCCGUAUGCAAUGCUCCCGCUGCCGCUGAGAUGGUGCGUGCUUGCUGGUUCUGGUACCGCACUCAGCCACAUGACCAUGAUAAUUACCACGCUUUUUUACAAUUCUAAUUACCUAAAAGACGUUGUCUGUGUAAUUAGAAUGCUGACGACAAACACCCUGCUGUACUUUGCAGUCAACCUCGCGGGGAUGUACACCAAGUACCUGACGGACCGCGGACAGCGGCAAGCCUUCCUGGAGACUCACAGGUCGAUGGAGACCCGCCAGAGAACCCAAAAUGAAAAUAACAGACAGGAAAAGCUGUUGCUUUCAGUUCUUCCAGAUUUUGUAGCUAAAGAAAUGAUAAGAGAUAUUGCUCGCGAGACAGCAAGUGGUGGAACAUUUUCAUUCACACCAAAUCAAUUUCACAGGAUAUAUCUUCACCGUUAUGAAAAUGUCAGCAUUUUAUUUGCUGAUAUUAAAGGAUUUACUGCACUGGCAAGUCAGUGCAGCGCUCAAGAGUUGGUCAAGGUUCUCAACGAUUUGUUUGCCCGGUUCGACAGACUUUCUGCCGAAAAUCAUUGCCUGAGGAUUAAAUUGCUUGGAGAUUGUUAUUACUGCAUAUCAGGACUUCCUGUUGCGAGAAGCGACCAUGCUCACUGUUGCGUUGAAAUGGGUCUUCACAUGAUUAAAGCUAUUCGGGACAUACGGUACACCACCAAGACGGAUUUAAAUAUGAGAAUUGGUAUUCAUAGCGGGUCAGUAUUGUGUGGAGUCCUUGGUUUGAGGAAAUGGCAGUUCGAUGUAUGGAGUUAUGAUGUCACUUUGGCAAACCAUUUAGAAAGUGGUGGAAUACCUGGAAGAGUACAUAUAUCAGCAGAAACAUUGAAAUGUCUAAACGACGUGUACGAAGUAGAACCAGGGAACGGAGUGGACCGUGAUAAUUAUUUAAAAGACCGGCAAGUAGUAACUUACCUAAUAAAACAAACAGAGCCACUGCGUUCAAAAAGAAGACAGUCAUCGCGCCCGAAGAUAUGGACCGAGGACGAAACUGGCGGCAGAUCCAAGAAGAGUUUCAAGAUAGCAAACGCAUUGCUGUCAAACAACCACAGCAGCAGCAAAGACAACAUGACAAAUUGCAAAGACGAAGAUGACAUUGGAGUCGAUUGGACCCCGGAGAUUCCCUUCGAGAACUUGAACAGCGCAAAUUCAAUGAGCAACUUGGAAGCGGAGUACCUUGAAGACGAGGAAGACGAGUCGGGAGUAGCCGGAGGUGAGAAAAAGCCCGGCGGAGCUGCAGGUGGGUUCGAAACCGCCAGCAACAAGCGUAUGAGACUGGCCAACAUAAACGCUUGGACGCUGCGUUACAACGACGAGAGUCUGGAAACAAAGUUCGGGCAAUUAAGAGAAGACAUGUUCAAGUCUAACAUGAUUUGCUGCUUCGUAAUCUGGCUGUUUAUCGCAAUAUGCCAGGCGAUCAUCGUACCAGACUGUAUAAUUCUCCUAGCGUCUCUUUUUUUCACCACCGCGGUGCUGAUUGUCUGCUCGAUUCUGGUGAUGGCUGAAGAGUUCAAGACUCUUCCUGCAGUUCUGCAGAAUGCCUCGUCAACUUUGACGCACAAUAAACUUCACCGUACUAUCUUCAUCUGCAUUUUAAUCAGUCUGAUGGCUUUCACCUCGCUCAUUGGAGUCCUAGGAUGUCCUGUGACUACUUUUAACCCUUCGGAGUCGCUUCCCGUUAUGGAUAAGCUUAUUGAUAAAAAUAAUUAUGAUAAGUUUAAUGACAGCAAUAGCAAUAGUGUUUUAAAAAGUAAAAGUAUUCCUGGACUUGAUAAAUUUAUAUUUAAUUUUUUAAAAGUCGCUUUUGAUGACAAGAAUGAAGAAUACUUAACAGAUUUGUCGAGGAAUAAUAAAAUCAAAGGGUCUAAUGUUAAUGAUAAUAAUUAUUUUAAUGAUGAAAAAAUAAAAUCAAAUCACAGACACACUGUCUUAAAGAGACACGGAAGAAAGUUUCAAGCGUUCAAGCAGGAUUUGAAUAAUUAUAAAUAUAAAACAAGAAGAAUAUUGAGUGUUAAUGGUAAUGAUAAUCUUAACUGGACAGAGUCAUCAAUAUUUAAGUUAGACAAAACAUGCUUUCGCUCUGAGUACAUUGUAUUUACUUGGAUUCUUUGUUUAAUGGCCUUAGCUUCAGCUCUCAAAUUGUACUACCUUGUUAAGACCGUUCUGGCGUCUAUUAUUGUCUUCAUGUAUGCCGGAUUAAUUCUUGUUGGUUAUCAGGAGUUGUUUUUGAUGACUGAUGAUGAUCCUAAUGAAACUGCUAUGCCGCUGUCAGCACAAAUGUUAAUCUUUUUAAUAGUCUUCCUUGUUGUGGUAACUUACCAUGGGAGACAAGUAGAAGUGACUUCUAGGUUAGAUUUCCUGUGGAAACAACAAGCUGAACGAGAACUAGGUGACAUGAUGGAGUCUAAGCAUAAUAAUAUGCAAUUGUUGAAGAAUAUUCUUCCUGAUCAUGUCGCUAAUCAUUUUUUGACAGCUGAACAUCCACCUGAGGAACUAUACUCUCAAUCCCGCGACAAAGUAGGAGUGAUGUUCGCGAGCGUGCCAAACUUCACCGAAUUUUACUCCGAAGACGUGAACAAAGGAAUGGAGUGCAUCAGACUGCUGAAUGAAAUAAUAGCAGACUUCGACGAGCUGCUGGACGAGCCGCCCUUCCACUGUAUCGAGAAGAUAAAAACAGUCGGCGCGACCUACAUGGCAGCUUCUGGACUGAAUCCCAGCACCCUGGACCCGACCAAGGACGACAUGGACCACCUGUGCAAGCUGGUGGACUACGCCGUGGCGAUGCGCCUCCGCCUGGAAGACGUCAACGUGCACUCGUUCAACAACUUUGACCUGCGAGUCGGGAUCAGCUUCGGGCCGCUUGUUGGCGGCGUGAUCGGGGCAAGAAAACCCGUCUACGACAUCUGGGGCAACACCGUGAACGAGGCCUCGCGCAUGGACUCCACCGGAGUGAUGGGGAAGAUCCAGGUUCCUCGGGACAGCGCCAAGAUCCUCGAAGCUCGCGGCUACCACACGCAGAAACGCGGGAUGAUUGAGGUCAAGGGCAAAGGCACCAUGGAAACUUAUUUCGUCCUCGGCAAGGACACUCAGCAAUCUGGAAUCAGCUCCAGGAACAGAAGCAUGUGCAGGAGUCUUGCUGCUGUUGUUUAUGGUGUUGUUCAAGCCCGUAGAAAGCAAAUGACCAUUAGCUGA